CCAACAGAAACGAGAAAGAAACGCAAAAGGUUGGAUCCAACUUUGUGAGUUGUUCUUCCGGUAGCAAAGGUCAACUCGUCUUGCACCAGGACAGGAUACAGCAGCGACGAAAAACUCCCAACACCAAUCAAAACAUGUCUCACACCAUUCUUCUGGUGCAGCCCACCAAGAGGCCAGAGGGCAGGACAUAUGCAGACUAUGAAUCUGUCAAUGAGUGCAUGGAAGGAGUGUGUAAGAUGUAUGAAGAACAUUUGAAAAGAAUGAACCCAAACAGUCCAUCAAUAACAUACGACAUCAGCCAGUUAUUUGACUUCAUUGAUGACCUGGCAGACCUCAGCUGUUUGGUAUAUCGGGCUGACACACAGACGUACCAGCCGUACAACAAAGACUGGAUUAAAGAGAAGAUCUAUGUUCUGCUGCGGCGUCAGGCCCAGCAGGCGGGCAAGUGAGCAGUGAAGGGGUUUAAGGGGAUACAUGUGUUUGCAUUAUGUAACUGCUUUUCACAAAGUUAUUGUGUUUUUGAAGUUUUUGCCCUACUUUUUAAAAUGCUUUGAUUUUUCUUUUAUUUAGAGAAGACUUUUGUAUAUGGAUGUCUUGCUUACUAUUAAAUGUUUUGUUUAAAUAAC